AGCUGAACCACCCUUAGUUGCGGGCUCAAUGACUCAGCAAGCAACUGCUUACUUUAAGACUUCUAUAUAAUUCAACACAUAAACCUUGGCUGUAAUAAUUGUCUUGACAAAAAAAUCUUGAAAUUUGAGGGAAAAAACAACUUAAAUACAGUGUGUGAUUAUCAGUGACUUGACAGUUGUCAGAGGUCAAAUUCAAAAUGGCGGACGCAGAACAACAUGUCGGUUCGGAGGACGCCCUGUGUGAGUGCCGUCGGGGGUGGGAAGAACUGAAACCCGGAGAGAACCCGUGUUUCCACAGGACACGGGUCCACCCUGCUCUCAUCAAGCACAUCGAUCAGCUGACAGGAGGUCAAGAAGGGCUCAGGUUCCUACUGCCGCUGUGUGGGAAAUCACUGGACAUGAAAUGGUUGCAAGAGAAGGGGCACACCGUUGUUGGUGUAGAGUUUGUGGAGAAGGCAGCCCAGCACUUCUUUGAAGAACAUGGCAUCAAACCUACUGUAUCAGAAGAGCCCUCUAUCGACGGGGGCAAACUUUACAAGGGCCUUGAUGGAAAGAUCUCUAUCUACAUCUGCGACUACUUUGAUUUUAGCAGUGCUGCAUGUGGCCAGUUUGAUGCUGUAUGGGACAGGGGAUCUCUCAUGGCUAUGGAAGUAAAGGAUCAAAAGAGGUAUGUGGAUCUGACCAAGUCCCUGAUGAAGCCAGGUGCCAGGUACAUGGUGGAGACAUUCGAGUGCAGCGAAGGUCAAGGUCAGAGCAAAGGGCACGGACAUGAACCUCAGCAUCAUCACCAUGGCAACGAGCAUACACAAGCUCAUCACUCUCAUGGAGAGGGAGGCGAGGACUUUAUCACAGGAGAGCAGAUUGGAGGGCUGUUUGGAGCUGGUUAUGAAAUUUCCUGUCUGGAAGACAAAAAUUCUCCGGAGGACGAGUUUGCAAAGCAGCAUGGGUACAUCAGUCUCAUCUAUUUCCUGAAACCUAAGUAACCUCAGAACCACAAAUUACUUCAUCAACGUCAAUUUAGUUUUGUUUGUUUGUUUGUUUGUUCAUUUGUUUGUUUGAAAUUUAGAGAAUACAUUUCAUACAUCACUAUGUUCUGAGGUUCAUUUUGCUGAAUGUGUGUUUUGUCAGCACAUUAGUCUAACAGCAAAUUGUAUUUCAUAACAAUUUCUGUGUUUUCUACAUUUUGUAUAAUUAUGGGCUCUGACUUUUUUGGUUCAGACUGGUAAUUUGAAUCGUCAUCUUAUUACCAUGAUGAUAACAGUUACUAUAAUACUAACCAUCAAUGUUAGAUGCCAAUUCUCUUUCGUCCUUUCUGCGGAAAAGAUUGGCAGUUAAAAUAGGUUUGGUAACCAGGCUAUAUCAAUGUUACAUGAAAACUCCCAGGCAGACUGAACACCAUAAUGAUUGUUUUAUUGACCUCACACAGUUUUAAAAUCAUGGUGAUGCAAACUUGCGGUCAUCUGAAUAUGUACUAUAUAAACGGAUUCAUUCCACAAGUGUCCAUUUACAAAUAACUCACUCUAAAACAGGGUAUGACCAAUAUUGCCUAGGAUGAAUUUUACACUGCAAGUAAUAAACGGAAAAGCAUUAAAGAUGAUAAUUCAUUUUGUUAUUUAGUCAAAUGAUUUGUA